GGUCUUGAUCCAGCAUUAAUACAGCACAUGGCUCCGUUAUCACCACCAGAUCUUAAGCCCGAUAUUUCGCUACUGAACUGCAAUAAUAAUAAUAACAACACAAAUAAUAAUAACAAUAGCAGUAGUAAUAGCAUAAAUCAUAACUUAAACAACCACAAUACAUCACCGUCGCCAUCGACGGCCGGUAUCAACACCUUCUCUCCAAUCCAGUCGAUGAAUAACGGGCCGAGUAGUCCGCUAAGCUCACUGGGCAGUGGGAGUGGGACGAUAGUCACCUUCAAUCAAAUCAAACUUCAAUCACCGUCACCCUCUAAUGCGUCGUCGUCAUCGACACUUAGUGGACCCAUCACAACGACAACGCCGCCUGCCACCAACAUAAAUGUUCUAACGAUGGGCAAUGGCAAUAAUACGAAUGGAAAACAGCAACAGUAUCCACCUAAUCAUCCGUUAAGCGGAUCAAAACAUCUCUGCUCUAUCUGCGGUGAUCGAGCAAGCGGAAAACAUUAUGGAGUUUACAGUUGUGAAGGCUGUAAAGGCUUCUUUAAGCGAACUGUGAGAAAGGAUUUAUCUUAUGCAUGUCGAGAAGAUAAAAAUUGCGUCAUCGAUAAGAAACAGAGAAAUCGAUGUCAAUAUUGUCGUUACCAGAAAUGUCUCAAUUGUGGAAUGAAGCGAGAAGCUGUACAGGAAGAACGACAACGAGGCUCAAAGUCUCAAAAGAACGACGAUCUGAAUAACUCAUCAUCAUCACUUUUUAUUGGAAAUGGACCGGCACGUGAUCUUACAUUAGAUCGCAUCACUGAAGCCGAAACAUUAAGCGAAUUAAAAAGUGGGGACAAUGCAAUUCCAUAUUUGCGUGUGUUGAACACGAACACGAUGGUGCCACCUGAAUUUAGAGGCCCCGUCUCGUCAAUUUGUGCAAUGGUUAAUAAGAAUGUGUAUCAAGUCAUUGACUUUGCUCGAAGACUUCCGCACUUUCUCAAGCUUUCGAAAUCCGAUCAAAUGUCAUUGUUGAAACAUAGUUGGAAUGAAUUACUGAUAUUAUCAGUCGGGCAUCUUAGUAUUCCGUAUAUUGAAAAUGAUCGAAGAAAUCCCGACGGUUCUUACGAUCGACGAUUAAGUCAACCCGUGCAAAUGUGUCUCGGUACGAAUUACACGCUUGGUCGCAAUAUGGCAGUACAAGCUGGCGUUGUACAAAUCUUUGAUCGUAUCAUGUCCGAAUUGAGUCUAAAGAUGAAACGACUUGAAAUUGAUCAUACGGAACUUGCAUGUCUUAAAGCGAUUAUCGUCUUCAAUCCAGAUGUUCGUGCCCUCGAAUGCCGCUCCGAAGUUGAUUUGCUCAGGGCGAAGAUUUAUGCGUGCCUCGACGAAUAUUGUCGACAGAAGCAUCCAGAUGAAGAUGGAAGAUUUGCGCAGCUUCUUCUUCGCUUGCCAGCCCUCCGUUCCAUCAGUCUCAAAUGUUUAGAUCAUCUGUUUUAUUUUCGAUUGAUUGAUGACAAGCAAAUGGAGGAAUUCACGGAGGAGCAGUUAAACAAAGCAAUUUAAGGACUUUUUUCUUCAUCGCUUCCUACAAUGAAUCGCGAGUCCUUGAACACAGGCAGCCCAUGAAGGAAAUCAUCAUUCAUUAAUUCUUACGCUUAAUUAUCGCAAAAUUUUAAAAGAAAGAAAAAAUCUUAUUAUUUUAAUUUAAUUUUUAAUAAUUUCCUAAUUGAAAUGCAAAAGAUUAACUUUUACUUUUUUUGAUAUUCUUCGUUUGAUGCUUGAUGGUAAAGAAGGAGAAGGAAACACUUUGCUCUAAUUGCCGUAAAUGAAUGAGACUGGAAAACUUUUGACUAUUAUUAUUUUUUUUAAUAAAAAUUUAAUUUAUUUUCUCUUUCAUCUUUAAAUGAUAUGAAAAAAAAUAUUAUGAAUAUUCAAGAACAAAACACUGUGGAACGUAAAAGGAAAGAUUGCUCUCGGGAAAACUUGAGGAUGAACAUGUUCGUUCUUUCGACGAUUGAAAGUUUGUUUUUGACAGUCGAAAGUCAUCAUGAAAGUUCUUUGAAAAGUACAAAAUAAAGUGCAAAUAAAACUACAAAUUUAAAGAUGAAAACUUAUCGAAAAUAAAUUAUAAAUCGUAGUUUUCUAUCAUAGCUUGACACAUAAACACAAAAACACAAAACAAACCUACUCACUCAAAUUACAGUUGUUAAAGAGAUGGAAAAUAGUUUAAUCUUCACUCACGAGAAUGCACUUAAAGCUCCCAAAAUCUUUUAUUUUCUUUUUUCGAUCAACGUUAAUGUAAAAACAAAAAACAAAAGAAAAAAAUAUCGUAAUGGAAAACCUAAGUAAAAGUAAAACUAAAGAAAGUAUUUUAAUAAAUUAUCAGAUAAAAAGCAAAGUAAUGGAAGAAGGGGACAUGAGAGAUUGAGAUUUUUCCUUUGAAAAUCAUGUGUUUGUUUAAUAUCUAAAUGGGAACAUGUCACAAUUGUACUUGGCUUUCGAUACUUUGUAAUCUUCGUACAAAUGCAAUGUAAACAGAAUAAAUAUAAAAGCACAAAUUCAACCAACGCUGAUUGAUAAUUAUUAUUAUCAACAUUACGAAUUACGCACAUGGUUUUCAACAUUACUUGAAUCGCAAUCAACAUUUUGUUGCUUAUUUCCAUUAGUUGAAUUCCUGAUUUUGUCCUUGGAAAAAAGUUUCAUUCAUAUCUUUAUUUUACUUAAAAUUUUAUUUUUUAUCUAAUUAAAUAUCUCAAUCCCAUCACACCCUACCGCCUCUUCACGUUUAAUGUUGUUGUUGUAUAUUUUUUAAAUAAUAAAGUAAUUAGAUUAAUGAAUUAGUUCAUCCUAUUUUAUUGAAAUUAAGUUUUUAUUUUAACGUGACUAAUUGAGUGUUGCAAGAUGCUAGAAAUUUCUGCUAGAACUAAUGAUCAGUUGUUUUUAUUAAAUUAAUAAAAGAAAAAAAGUAAAAGUAAAAGUUUCUCACGUAAAUCAACAUCUAAGCUUGAGAUAAGCAAACUGUAGAUCUUUAGGAUUAAAAUUAAUUCUUAGCUUUAAAAAAGAAAAAAAAACCUACAAACAAAUCAGUUGAAGUUGCUUUUAUUUCGCGAAUGGUUCAUUGUCAGUCGAAUUAUAUGCGAAUAUUCUUUUUGUUUAAGUGAAAUUAUAUUUUAAUUUCUUCCCCAGUUCUGUCCAAAACAAAAUUUAAUAUUAAUCGCUUUUCCGGGGGUUGUGAUCAUGCCUGACUAUCGAUGAACCUUCGCGCUUCUUCAUUUAUCCUUUUUGUUAAAAACUAAAAAAUAAAAACUGUCUCUAAAGGCACAUAAUUAUGAAAACCUUUUUUGCUUAUCAAAAAGAAGAAGAUGAAGAAGAAAUCUAAAUUAGUGGUUUAGGAAAAAUUUACUUUCAAGAAACUUUCUUGAGGUUGAGAUGCAAAAACAAAAACUUGCUAAUUACUGAAUAAGAAAGAAGCAUUGAAAUUGACUGAAAGCGGCAUCUCUGCAAUGUAAGAGUGAUGUCUAUGAGCGAUGCAAGAUUUUAGAUACUAAUUGGUUGACGUCAUUCGCGGACAGCUUCUUCAUUCGAUAAUUAUUAGAUUGAGUAAAUAAAAAAUGGUGCAAAACAACGUAAAUUUAAAUUUGUAUAAUCAUCGGCUUCUAAACAUUAAAAAAUGAACUAAAAGAACAUGGGAAUAUAACUGGCCAGAGAUAAUUAACUUUAACUGAAAUAAAUCAUUCCAAAUAAAGCAAAAAGAUAAAAUUAUCUAAUUAAAAGAACUUUAAUCACACGGUUAUUUUCCGUUGAGUUUUCCAUAUGAAUUCAUGUGAGAAAUCCUAUUAAAAUCCAGAAAAAAAUUUAACUUAAUAUUAAAAAUCAAACUCUUAACGUAAAUUAUGUGCAAGAAAAACAAUUACCUAAAAAAGGAAAAAUUUUAUAGAUGAAAACGAAAAUACUUUUAGGCAAUUACAAGUUUUUAAAAAAAUCUUUAAAUGUUAAGACUUUUGGAAAAGAUUUUUCUCUUUCUUUUGUGUAUUGUUUUAUUAGGUAAUUUUAUGUUUUGUAUUUGUAAUUACUUUCGGAUCAUAUAAAUAUCUACGA